CGAACGGAUAUACUACGUAUGAGGAUACGUCAAGAUAUGGAUCUCACAAUUGUAGGUUUAUAAAUUUUCUAUGGGAGGGUUGACAAAUGCCAAGCACCCUAGCUCCUGAUCCAUGAGGACAUUGCACAGUAAUAGUAAAGCCCUCAUGCCCAUACCCCAAUCCUCGAAGGUACCAAACCCUUUCCCUCAUCUCGGCCCUCCGCUUCUGAGCAAUCUUCUACCUUCAAGAUUUCCGUCCCUUCGAAGUUUACCGCAGACUCUAAGAGGACCCUUAACCAAAGCGGCCUUAAUGGCUUCUUCUCAGUCAUCAGGCACACAUGCAGGGGCUGAAGAACCAACCAAGCCAUUUUCAGUUCUCUUCGUCUGCCUUGGGAACAUCUGCAGAAGCCCAGCUGCCGAGGCUGUGUUCAGGGAUUUGGUGAAGGAAAGAAGCCUUGAAUCUAGGUUCUACAUUGAUUCUGCUGGAACUAUCAAUUACCACGAGGGUUCACAAGCAGAUUCAAGAAUGAGGGCUGCAGCUAAAAGGCGUGGAAUUGAAAUAACUUCUAUCUCUAGGCCAAUUAGACCCUCUGAUUUCAAGGAGUUCGAUCUUAUCAUUGCCAUGGAUGAAAACAAUAAGAGCGAUAUACUUGAGGAAUUUACGAGGUGGAGCAAAAGAGAGGGGUUAUCUGUAGACGUACAUGAGAAGGUUCAAUUAAUGUGUUCCUAUUGUGAAAAGCAUGAUGAGACCGAGGUGCCCGACCCGUACUAUGGUGGACCUCAAGGCUUUGAGAAGGUACUAGAUAUACUUGAAGAUGCUUGUAGCUCUCUUUUGGAGAAUAUCUUGGCUGGGAAGUCUCAAAAAGGAGAUCAUUAAUUCUUCAUGUCAGCAUUAUAAAUAAAUUCUUCAGAGGACCAUACUUGUUUAAAGAACUCAAGAAUGGUCCUCCGUUUUGAGAUUUAUGAGUGCGGGGUCUACCCUGAAUUUGGAAACAAUAGAUACAUUCUGAUUUUGCUGAACUUGUGAAUAAACUGGUGUCUCCGAGUUGCUCCAAAAUCGUGUUUGCGAAGUCUACUUUGUUAGCACUUGUUAUGUCUCCAAAAGAAUCCAAUCCCUUCCUCUACCUAGAAAUUCUUCAAAAGAAAAGUUCAGAAUGGAGAUUCUUGGUUAUUAAUGGCAAUCUGUCAACCAAAUUAUGGAGUUCGAGAUGUGAUUUUGGAGUCUCUUGAACUGUCAAACACUAGUUUUUCGUGGGAAGCUUAGUUAAUCAAACCAGAAAUGGCACCCCAUUUAGAGGUUUAGGAAAGGUUGAUAAGAAUGACAUGUGCUCAUAGAGCUGUAUUUGAAUUUGCAUCACAAUUUGUUCAAACAAGGAUGAAAAUAAUGAAAAGUGUUUCCUGCUGAUGAUCCCCUCUUGCAAAUUUACAUGUAAAUACAUUUUUAAAUAGAAAACGUUCAACUUAUGGACCUUUGCC